AUCCUUGUUCCAUCGGAGACUGAUCGGUCCUAGCGCACACCCUUAUUUUGUCAGCGACUGCGAUGCUUGCUUCUUUCUGCAUCUGUCUCCGCAUCGAUGACCGUCAUAUGGAACUGGAUGUUUGCGCGUGUAAAUCUCCACAGCAUCUCCAGUGAAUCUUAUGACGUUCACACUGGUUGUGACUGCCCCAGUUCCAGCGCUCAAACAAUCGAUCUACCACUCGAGAAAUGUGCAGCUGCAGUUACAUUUCUUGAACUCAAUAAAUAUGUCAUUCUCAUCAGAGCCACAUUUAGACUCCUGCUCGCUUUUAGCACUAAUAUAACUGCGCUGUUGCUCGCGAUCGC